AACAAGUAGAGACUUGAAAGCUCCAGCAGAGGAGGUGCUUUGCCUUUAAGUCCAAGCAGCGUUUAAAUGCUCUGCUUUGGUAGAACAGACGUUCACAGUUGUGUUCGCUACUUACAUUAGCAAUCAUUUUGGAUCAAAAUUUGGGAAUAUGGACAACUCAAGCUUGGACAACACAGACAAAAAUUGUCAGGAAAACAUCGACCAUAACCGAGCGCUGUAUAUUUUCUACUCUUCUGUGAUAGUGCUGGAGUUGAUCUUGGGUCUUCUGCUGAAUGUUACAGUUAUCCAUCUCUUCGUCUUUAAGCUCAAGUUCUGGAAAUCUAAGACCAUUGACAUUUUCUUGUUCAAUCUGGUCCUGGCUGAUAUUUUGUUGCUGAUUGGAUUGCCCGUAAAGGCUUAUAACUUUCAACAAUGCAGUGAACACAAGGUAGUGUGCAAGGUACAGCUCUUUCUGCAGUUUCUCAACCGAGGAGCCAGCAUCGCCUUCCUGACAGUCAUCUCCAUUUAUCGAUAUUACAGCGUGGUCCAUCCUGGGAAGAGGAGAGUCCUGAGGAUUUUGAGAAUGUCGCCUCAGAUUUCUGUUUUCAUCUGGGUGUUGCUUGCAAUCUUGACCAUUCCAGCCAUGUUGCAAAGUUUUAUCAGAUGCAACAUCAGUGAAAAAGAUGAGGAACUCACCACCAUUGUUCUACUGAGAGAAAUUGUGUUUUUUACUCAGAUUUUCAUACCCUUUUUUGUUCUUGUGUAUUGCUCAAUACGGAUUAUCAGAAGACUCAAACAGAAGUCAGUGGGUGACAAUACUAAGCUCCGGAGAGCGAUGUUCCUCGUCACUUCGGUGGUUUUCGUCUUUGCUGUCUGCUUCUUGCCUUAUGCCAUAACAAGAGCAGUGCAGCUAUAUAAAACUGGGCAUGUGUUGCCAGAAGAGAAAGUUACUGUCGUAAAACUGUACGAUGGGCUUAUUUGUCUGUCUUAUCUGAACUGUCUGCUGGAUCCAAUCCUGUACUGCCUGAGCAGCAGUAAAUUUAAGAAGUUAUACAUAUCAAUGUAUCUCCCCUUUCUACUGGAGAAGGUACAACCUGAAAGUGCAGAAGAUACUGGAGAUGACUAAACUCUGUAAAAAAAAAAUCCUUUGAAAAGGAUGUUGGGAGAAUUUCAGUCAGUUGCUUAAAAUUGCAUUUUAAUACAUUUUUAAUAGUAUAUGGGUAGUUGACAUGUACAGUAUCAUGUACCAGAUUUAUUUAUUUAAAAAAAAAAUGUUUUUAAACCAAAGUCUAGAUUUUAGCUUAAAAUUGAUAGGAAUGGAUAAAUUACAGAAAUGUAUAUUUUAGACCAUUUUAAAUCACAUUUGUUUUCUGCCUUCCCUAGUUAAUUUUAAAUAGCCCUGUGGUGUGACAGACAGUCAACAGUCCAUGCAGUCAUUAUGAAUUCAGCGCAUGACCCCUUUAACAAUAAAUAAAAUGAUAUAAGGUCAUGAGAGCUAAUGACAUAAGAAUUAGCCAUAUGCUUUUAAAAAAUAGUUUUAGAUGAAGUAGCAAUGUCACACUGAAGCAUGUAAAUUAAGUUUUGAAUUCACCUCCUGUUUACGCAUCUUGCCUAUAUUGGACUUUCUGAUGGAAGUGAUUUACAUUUGUAAAUGUGAUUAACGAUUUUUAUACUGGAAACUAGAAACGCAUGAAUUAAGAAAUUUCUCUGUCAGGCACAGAGGAUGAAAUGUGCAAGAUUUCAUGUUUUAAUUGCAUCUUAUAAUUUUUACAUGUAUGAUUUGUCUACUGAUAUGUGAUAUAUGUGAAAUUUUAUUUUAUUUUCU